AUGACUUCUACAUUCGAUUCAUCCGAACAGUCGAAUCAUGUUGAUGAUCAUGAUAACAAUAUAAUUCCAUCAUCAUCAAUAGUAUCAUCUGAUGUUGUCAUCUCAGAAGAAAAAAAUGAAGAACCAGUAACAAAUUCUGAAUCAGAACAAACUGAUAUUACAACUGAUAAUACAAUUGAUGAAAUAUCAGAAACAAAUAAGACACAAUCAACAAAUAUGAUUAAUGCAGAAGCUUCGUUUACAGAAGCAACAUCAGCCGAUUUACCAUUAGGAACACCACGUUCAUCUAUUGCUCGAAUACUUGUUAAGCCUGGACAAAUUUUUCGUGUUCAAGUUGAUAAUGAAGUCAAAGAAGUACAUGGUAAGUAA